AUGGGUAUGGAUGUUUUUGUAUCGCAACGUAUAACGGGAUGUGAACUAUUGGAUGACGGUCAGCCAGGGAGUCUAAUAAGUAGAGAUGCUUUCAACGGAGAGACUGGAGACGUUCGUUAUUACAAUCCUCAGCUUAACACUCUGCACACUGACCAUGUGUGGCCUGCAGCUGUGUACAGCAAUUGGCCGUCCAACUUCCAUUUCCUCUACGAGCACCUUUACCACCCCGCCUGCAUUAGCAUGCUACAGAAGCAUCUUGUCAAUGAAAGGCAUCGGGUCCUUAAAAAAGUGAAGCCCAAGGUGAGGCUCCUACAGAAAGAAGUUCAAGGCCCCACUGUUCUCCUGACCUGUCUAGCGACUGGUUUCUACCCUCGUCACAUCAACUUGACCCUGUUGAGAGACGGCCAGCCUGUGGAUGACCACCAGAUAACUGGGGGGCAGCUGCUACCUAAUGGAGAUGAGACAUAUCAAAUGAGGAAGAGCCUGGAGGUCAGCGCAGAGGAGCUACAUCAGCAUCACUACACCUGCAGAGCUCAACACCUCAGUCUACCCAACAAACUGGACACAAAUUUGGAGCGUGAUUGGGACUCGGUGUCUACCUCCUCACUGUCCCUUGUGCUGGUUUCUGUAUUUGUCUGCCUUCUUGGAGGUGCUGCAGGCAUAAUUAUGUGUUGGAGGAAACGCAAAGGUGGACGCUGCAAGACGAAUAGCUCUUCUGCUACAAACUCAGAGGAAAUGGAGGAAACUGAGAGCAUCACUGCAGCAGAGAAACAUACCAGCCUUGAGACAUAGACAGAGGACUAUUAUGACCUAUGGACUGGACUGCGAACUUGACAUAUUCAAUGUCUUUGGGCUUCAGGGCCUAUAUUUAAAAUGUCUUAUUUUCUUGAAGGCUAAGAGUACUCCUAUUUCAGACUAACCCAUCUUUAAUUUGCGAAGCUGAAUAAAUCUCCUAA